GGUACAUUUACACUCACGAAGUAUCUUCAAAGUAACCAAUGAGUUUACACUAGGUGAUCACAGAAAUAUUGGAUAAUAGGUGUUACGGAUUUCUGACGUAGCAUUUUGUAGGUCACAUUCAGGGUCACUCCUUGCCAAGAUUUCAAAACCUUCACGUUAUGGAUGAGUCUGUACUUUCAAAGUGCCAGUCUAAGAAGCUGGCUAAGCGUGAAAAGAAAAUGGCUAAAUUUGAAGCCAAACAAGAAAAACUUUCUUCAGACGCCUCAAAGAAUCAGAAGUCGUCAAAAAAAGACAAAUUGAAGAAAGAGCAAGUUGUUCUCAAUGCAGUGACAGACGCAUCUGGCAAAAAAGGUUCGUGUGUCUUUUUUAUUGUUGCUGUUUGAAGAUAUAACUGGUGAAAUGCCCGAAUCCUACUCCCCCAAAUAUGUUGAGGCCACGUGGUAUGAAUGGUGGGAGCGUAAUGGACUUUUCAAACCAGAAUUUCAGAUUGAAAGCUCAGACAAAUUCGUUAUGGUUAUACCUCCCCCAAACGUCACUGGAGUCUUGCAUUUGGGCCACGCUUUGACAAACAGUAUUGAAGAUGCCAUUACACGAUGGCACAGAAUGAAUGGAAAAGUUACACUGUGGGUUCCUGGAUGUGACCACGCUGGUAUUGCCACUCAGGUAGUGGUAGAAAAAAAGUUGUGGAGAGAGAAAAAUCUCACUCGACAUGAUAUUGGACGUGAUGAAUUUGUGAAAGAAGUUUGGAAAUGGAAAGAAGAAAAGGGUGAUCGCAUUUAUCAACAACUCAGAGCUUUGGGAAGUUCUUGUGAUUGGUCUCGAGCUAGAUUCACUAUGGAUCCAUCCAUGUGUAAAGCUGUUACAGAGGCUUUUAUUCGUUUAUACGAUGAUGGUUUGAUUUAUCGAAGCCUCCGAUUAGUCAAUUGGUCUUGUACUUUACGUUCAGCCAUAUCAGAUAUCGAAGUAGAUAAACAAGAACUUUCCGGACGUACUUUACUUCGUGUUCCUGGCUAUAAUAAACCUGUAGCAUUCGGAGUUAUCGUAUCGUUUGCCUACCCUCUUUUGCCUGAUCCUAGUAAAGUUGGAUCAGACACUGAAAUUGUUGUCGCAACCACACGACUUGAAACAAUGCUAGGUGAUACAGGCGUUGCUGUACAUCCUGACGAUGAUCGUUAUCGACAUUUAAUUGGUCGUCUAAUCAAGCAUCCACUUAUUCCAGAUAGAUUAAUUCCAAUCGUUGGUGAUACAUUUGUUGAUCCGAACUUUGGAACUGGUGCUGUAAAAAUAACACCUGCUCAUGAUUAUAAUGAUUGGGAAAUCGGGAAAAGGCAUUCGCUUCCGACUAUAGUAGUAAUUGGUGAAGAUGGUUUGAUGACAUCUGCUUCAGGUCCCAGAUUUGCAGGACUUCAAAGAUUCGUUGCUCGAGAUGCCGUUCGGAAAGCUCUCGAUGAAUUAGGCUUGUAUAGAGGUGAAAAAGAUAAUCCUAUGAUUGUGCCGAUAUGUUCUCGAAGCAAAGAUAUUGUUGAACCAUUGUUGAAACCGCAAUGGUACCUACGUUGUCAGGAUAUGGCUAAUGCGGCAAUGAAGGAGGUAUCUGAAGGUCGCUUACGUAUUAUUCCUAGUUUCCAUAUUCGUACAUGGAAUAAUUGGCUUAAAGAUUGUCAUGAUUGGUGUAUUUCUCGACAAUUAUGGUGGGGACAUCGUAUUCCUGCUUAUCAUGUUUCGAUUCGACGUCCUGGCGUAGAUAAUUUAGAAGUUUUAGAUCCUACAGAUCAUAAUUCAUGGGUAGUUGGUCAUACAAUUGAAGAAGCACUUCAAAAAGCCUGUGAUAAAUUCCAUUGUUCACCAGAUAACUUAACUUUAAACCAAGAUAAUGAUGUAUUAGAUACAUGGUUCUCUUCACAAUUAUUUCCAUUUUCUGUAUUUGGUUGGCCUGAACAAACACCAGAUUUAAAAGCUUAUUAUCCUGGAAGUUUAUUAGAAACUGGGCAUGAUAUUAUAUUUUUCUGGGUUGCACGUAUGGUUAUGAUUGGUUUGAAAUUAAUGGGACAAUUACCAUUUCAUACUGUCUAUUUACAUGCUAUGGUUCGUGAUGCUCAUGGCAAAAAAAUGAGUAAAUCUUUGGGUAAUGCAAUCGAUCCAGUAGAUGUCAUCAAUGGAAUAUCUUUAGAAGAUUUACAAAAACAAUUAGAACAAGGUAAUCUUGAUCCGAACGAAUUAACACGUGCUCGUCAAGCUCAAGCAAAAGAUUUUCCUAAAGGUAUUCCUGAAUGUGGAACUGACGCUCUACGAUUUGCUUUAUGCGCUUAUACAGCUCAAGGACGAAAUAUCAAUUUGGAUAUAAUGCGUGUACAAGGCUAUCGAUUUUUCUGUAAUAAACUAUGGAAUGCUGUUCGUUAUGCGCUAUUUCAUUGUUUACAUAAAGAAUUUGUUCCACCAGAUAUGUCUGAUUUAAAUAGUCUAUUCAAACAAUUCAUACAACAUAGUUUAUUAUCUGGUACAGAUAGAUGGAUUCUAUCAAGAUUAGCUUAUGCUGUCAUUCAAUGUAAUACAGGAUUUACAGAAUUUCAAUUUCCUAUAGCUACUACUGCUUGUUAUCAUUUUUGGUUAUAUGAAUUAUGUGAUGUUUAUUUGGAAUAUACCAAACCUAUUAUUAGAUUAAAACAGAAUAAUUCAAAAUUGUCUAAUAUGGAAAUGGAACGUAUUCAAUUAGUUUGUCAAAUCCUUUAUGUUUGUUUCAAUUGUGGUCUACGUUUAUUACAUCCAUUUAUGCCAUUUAUUACAGAAGAAUUAUAUCAACGUUUAUUAACUAGAAAUAGUCCUAAUAAUAAUAAUACUGUAAAUAGUAUGGAUAGUCUAUGCGUGGAAUCCUAUCCUAAACUCAGUGAUGUAAAUAUAUUACAUGAUGUAAAUGGAGUUGAAACAGAUUUUCAUCUUGUACUGAAUAUUAUUCAUCGUAUACGUGGACUUAUUUCAGCUUGUCAUAUACCAAUUUCACUUGCAAAUCGUCAACCUUUAAAUGUUCAAUUAAUUGCAUCUGAAACUAUAUUAUCUACUCUUAUUUAUGGACAAUAUGUAACUGAUGUAAUUGAACCAUUAGGUCGAUGUCGUGUUAUACAAAUGGUUUCUGAUCGUAAAAAUAUUAACACUUCUGGUUGUGUUAGUGGAACAGUAUCAGCAAGUGAUAUUUUAUGGUCCAACGAAGAGUCACCUGUUAAUACAGUUCCCGAAGACAAUGACGAUGAUGAUGCUAGUAACUUAAAUGGUGGAAAUCUAUGUUCCGAUGAUCAAUCAAAUUCUGUGUUUGUUAACAAAAAUCCAUCAUCAAUAAUUCCAGCAACUUGUCAAAUAUUUCUACAUGUCGCUGGAUUAAUUGAUGUAUCAUUAGAACAGAAACGAUGUCAAGAUCGUUUAGUAGAGUUGAAAGAUUCCAUUGAAAGUUUAGAGAAAAAACGUCAGCAUCCAACGUAUUCUGAGAAAGUACCAAUGAAAACUCAAUUGAUGGAUACGAAAAAGUUAUAUGAAUUAAAUAUAGAAUUAGAAGGAUUAAAUGAAGUUAUGAACAAUUUAAAAGAUAUUAAACAAAUCAAUACAAAUGAUUCUUCAAUGACACUUGGUGAAAUCCUUUUAGAUGCUUUAUGUAAUUAUCUUAAUGUACAAGAAAAUUCAUCAUUAAUACCAUCGAAUCUAUUUGAUCUUGAAGCGAAAAUUGACAGUAUUCUAACCAAUGAAUUAAAAGGAGGCGACCAACUGUUACAAUAUUGUAAAAUUAAACAAUGGUUGUCAUGGAGUAUAAAACUAUUAUCAUUCAAUCAUAAAAUUGAUUCAAAACAAUAUUCAAUUUAUAGAGAAAUGGUUGAAAAUUAUUUAACUUAUUAUAAAUCAUACUAUUUAACUGGUACAAAUUAUCCAACAAUUGCUGAUAUCUCUGUUGCAUAUACAUUAACACAAUAUAUAGAUUAUAAUGAAUGGAUUAAUUUAAAUAAUAAUAAUAAACAAUAUGUUGUUAUAUGGUUUGCCAAAUUGAGAAAUUAUUUCAAUCAAUCAAAUAAAAUGAGAUCACUUUUCAAAUGAAAUAGUGAAGUGUUGUUGUGCUACUCAUUCUAACUAACUAACUAACUUUUAGUACCGAACAAAAUGUAACAUUUUAGUCAUAAAUAAUUUGUUUAUCAAUACAAGAAGAAAAAAAAAAGAAGAAUUGAACAUUUCAUUUUUUUGUAAACAUAAACUUUCUUUUCUUUGGUUGAGCUAAUAAUUGUGGUUCAAUUUCAAAUUCAUAAGUUAAUUGAAUUGUUGUAUCAAUUUGUUCACCAUCUGGUGGUUCAUAUUCUUCAGUCGAGUCAAUAAAUUCCCCGUGUAAUUUUGGUGCAGUCAUAUAUGGACCUAUUAAUGUUAAAUAAUUCAUUUCAUUUUCUUUUGUUACUACUCCUAAAUUAUCAUCAUUUGAUAAUUCUGAUGAUUGAAUUAAUUCAGGACAAGGUUGAAUAGCUGCUUUGUAUAAAUCGGGAGAUGUUUUGUAUAACCAUUUUAAAGCAUUCUGUUGAGCAGUAAUUGCUGAAUUAUACAUGAUCAUUUCAUUGUGUGCUACAUUUCUUUGAUAACGUGUCCAAUUCUUCCAAAUACCUAUUCGUUCAUCUAAUUCCGUUUCACUAAUGUCUAUUGAUGGACGUUGACGUAAUCUGAAGGAAUUACAAAAGAGAAGAAAACAACAGUGAUGACUACGAUAACAUAGAUGUAUGUGCAACGGAAAAUCUUUACACUAAGUUACAAGUUUAAAAAUAUUUUGGAUUUUCUACAUACAUGUUGAAUCUAAACGUUGCUAUGAUCAGCUUAAUACAAUAAGUAUAUGUACCUUAGCUUUGAGCUACAUUGUUCAUGAGUGUAUGUGGACUAGUAAUAUUGUUUAGUUGAUCAAACUGAACUAUGUGGAACAAGAUUCAAAAAUGCGAUGGCUUUAACUACUAACUUAUUGGCGAUUGUCACCUUGAAGUCUUCAAAUAAUCACAUAUAGUAUUCAGAAUAUUAACUAACCACUAUCUGAAAGGGGUUUUACGGAUAUUAUAGUAAUUUAAUAGUUAAAUUCAUGAGACAACUAAAUCAAGACCACCAUGGAAAACCUGGAAGCACU